ACGUUCAGCAAAGCCGGAAUCUGCUUUCUUCCCUGAACCAAGGGCGAUUGCUUACCUGCCACGGUCCCUCCCUCACCCUUGACACAGCGCGACGACGGCGACCAUCCUCGAUAUGGAUCGCGAUCGCUAUGACAGAAGGUAUGACGAGGGCCGACGGGGAGGAGAGAGCUAUCGUCCUGCCGACCGCCUACCUCGACGUUCUCCACGCCCUGACAUUCGCUUUGGCCGCUCUCCCGUACGAAACCGGUCGCCACCCCCCAUAAGACCUACUGCAGACACAUGGGCUCCCUCCGAUAGAGCACGACCGCGAAGCAGGUCUCCUGGUGCUUUCAGGCGCCGCUCCCGGUCUCCUCCAUACAGAGGAGGUGAUAGAGCACCGGGUUAUGGCGGCCGACCGCGAUCUCCACCACCGCCAAGAAGAUUCUCUCCUCGACGGGAGAAUGGUAGAAGUCCGCCCAGAUCGUAUAGACGAUCUCGGUCUCCGCCUGCUUACGCCUCCCGAAGGUCCUCUUUCUCUCGCGGUGGUAGCCCUGGUGGUCAGAAACGUGCGCGCGAAGCGUCACCCACAGGUUAUGCGCCCCGAUCCCCAAAGAGAGAACGCAUCGCUUCCCCUCCUAGAAGUCGGUAUGACCGACCGCGUUCACCACCAAUCCGGUCUGAGGAGUCUAGAGUCUACGAUCACAUGCGCCCACGAAGUCCCGAUCGACGAGACGGUUGGAGGGAAUCCUAUGGUGGAAGAAGCUGGCGGCGCCGUUCGCCCUCGCCCCUGGCUCGUUCGGGUCCAAAUUCUGGGCCGGGUUCCUCCUCUACGUCACGUCGCUCGUCCCCGCCGCCCCGCACUGACAGAGGUCGAGGAUAUGGCAGCUCCAUAUCACAAGCCCCUGCAUAUUCCAGCAGAGCCCAUCCUUCCUCCACUUUGCCUCCUAGGUCACCACCACCAUUUUCUAGCAAGCCCCUUUCUCGCCCUGGCGGUCCCGUGGAGACCAGGCCUAGUCGACCCCAUUCACCGCCCAGGGGACCGAGAAGCGGUUUAUCUAAUACACCCUCUAACAGUCGAGCCUUGGAGCCCUCCCCAGGCGCUAGCGUAGAACGUGAAAGGGACGUUGGUUGGACCCCUAGGCCUGCGUCGCGUGAACCGUCCUCUCAGACACCCAUAAACGAUAAUCAGAUGGCCAAGACAAUCCCUCCUCGAGCUCCAAGCAGCAAUAGCGCGCAAGCUAUUUCCCCUCCUCCUGGGCCUUCUGGCCCAAAGGGUGCUGAAUUGUCCGUUCGUGGUGGUCAUGCAGCCCUACUCUCGGCUCCAACUCGCCCGAAAGGCGCUGCAGGUCCACAUUAUAGCCGGGAAACCGUUCCGCGUGAUUCACCCCGAGGAGGAAGCCUUCGUCGUCCAAACCACGGUCCUCCAUAUCACGGACCGCCGCCAGGAAGUCGCGGGGCUCGCUCUCCAAGUUCUGUGGGUUAUGAUUCACAUCGACCGCCAUUCCGGCAUGGCAACAGCACAUCUACAACGUAUCCUCGAACGCAACGCUUCACAAAUCACCUUUCAGGGCUACCCAGUGUCAUUCCAGGUGGGAAGCUCUUUCCUUCUGGUCUCGAUCCGGCGUAUGAGAAGCGCAUUGCACAACUCGAGGCGGACAAGGAGCGACUUUUAGAACAAAUUGCAGAAAAACAAAAAUCCAAACGUACGUCUUUGAGAGAGUGGGAUAAGUUGAGUCGCGAAAGUGCUACAGGAGCAUUGAGAAGCGAACUCGCAGAGGGUCAUCUGCAACGGAUGGCAGAGGGCGAUGAUAUUGGUGGCGGCGCAGCAUUCUAAGUAAUUUUCCAUCUCGGGAUCCUAUAUGUGAUUCAAACUACAAAGGAGUAUGGUUCGAUCGAAUUUAUAGCGUCUAAUGUGAAAUUGUCAUGGGUUCUUGUAUGGGUCUCUCACAUUUACGUGAGCGUUCUGGGUUUUCUGUUUUCUCGCAAUAUUUCUUUUAAUGCCAGCAAUCAAAUGUAUGAUACCGAUGAUGGGGAUAUUCUGAUUCAAUAUGAGAAAUCGGGGCCUUUGAGGAGAUGAUGAAAUGCAAUG